AUGCGGAAAUUCCUGGGGGGCAUCCUUACUACGGGGAUUGCUGCAUCGGCAGCCGUGCAUACAAUGGGUCUCAGCAUCCCGCUUGGUGUCUAUAAAGCCAAGAGCACGUAUGUGGCCCGUAAGAAACGGAACAUUGUCCGAGCAGAACUCCAAAGGCGAGGUGAGAGCAAGCAUAAGUGGACGUUGAAGGAUGUGGUCGCUGGUGCCGGCCCUGCUGCUGUCUCUGCCGUAGUUGGUGUGGAGAUGGGCUACGCAUUGCCUGGAAUAACAGGCAUGUCGGGCGUCGAGAUGGCAAUACAUUUGCCUGAAGACGCCAUAGAGAGCACAGGCUUGUUCAACGAUAGCAGUGCAUUGGUCGAAGGCGCUAUCGGCCAAGCUGGACAACUGUCGACCACAUGCUAG